UAGCUAAAUAUGACUUCAGUUGCAGUUUUAUCCUCAACGACGAUUCAUAUACUCUUACUCCAGUCUCGCUGAGGAAGCUAAAAGUGUUUUCAAAAUGAAAUUCUUGAUUUUCUGUCUGGUUGCUCUGUUUGCCAUAGCCUCGGCGCGUCCCCAGUUCGGAUUCGGUGGAUAUGGAGGCGGCAUUGAGCAGCAACAACAGCAGGCCGGUUUUGGACAAGGAUUCGGUGGUUUCGGUUCCUUUGGACAGCAGCAGCAGCAGGAAAGUUUUGGCGGAAAUGGAAACUUUGGUGGUCAGCAGCAACAAGAAUUUGGGGGUUUCGGCGGUUUUUACGGUUAAACACAAAUGAACUGAUAAUUUGUCUUAUAUGUAAAUUUAUUAAAAAACUAAAUGGAAAACUAA